UAGACGAUCUCUGUCCGAGUCCAGCGUAUCUGCUUGGAAGAAAAGCCUCUCUCUCCCUGUCUGCCAUGACCGUGCCUCAGGACGACACUUUCCGCUCCCGGGACUGACCGACUGCUGGGUCCCAGAUAGUUCCGUCAGCUUUCGGACAUCAUCACGGUCCACUUGCGGUCUUUUAUGGUUACAUUUGCGCGACUUGUGAACCCCAGCUGCUGGCCGUUGAGGCUAGCUGGCUAGCAGAGUGGAGCUGGUCGGUUGUACAGUGACGUUAGCAAACAAGCUAAUUAGCCAGAAAGACUCAACCCUGGAUUACCGUUUUUUGAUUUCCAAGUCUACUAUCGAGUCCUAAAAGUGCACACAAUGAAGAUAACUGUGGAUUUUGAGGAAUGUUUGAAGGACUCUCCACGCUUCAGGGCUACCAUCGAGGAAGUGGAGGGGGACGUGUGCGAGUUGGAGUCCAAGCUGGACAAACUGGUGAAGUUGUGUAUCGGGAUGAUCGACGCCGGGAAAGCUUACAAUGCUGCCAACAAACAGUUUGUCAAUGGGAUCCGGGAGCUGGCCCUGCAGUCCACCAAAGAUGAGGUCAUCGAGUCCAGCCUGUCCAAGUUUGCUGAAAGCCUUCAGGAGAUGAUCAACUAUCACACGAUAUUAUUUGAUCAGGCCCAGCGAUCCAUCAAGACCCAGCUUCAGACGUUCGUUAAAGACGACCUACGCAAGUUUAAAGAAGCCAAGAAGCAAUUUGACAAAGUGAGCGAAGAGAAGGAGGCGGCGUUGAUCAAGAACGGCCAGGCUCCUCGCAACAAGCAGCACGAAGUGGAGGAGGCCACCAAUAUCCUCACCGCCACGCGCAAGUGCUUUCGACACAUCGUCCUCGACUAUGUUUUACAGAUCAAUGUGCUGCAAUCCAAGCGAAGGUCGGAAAUCCUCAAAUCGAUGCUGUCCUUCAUGUAUGCCCACCUGACCUUCUUCCAUCAAGGCUACGACCUCUUCAGUGAAUUACAGCCGCUCAUGAAACAGCUCGGAGGCCAGUUGGACCAGCUGGUGGUGGACGCCGCCAAAGAGAAGAGGGACAUGGAGCAAAAACACUCCACCAUCCAGCAAAAGGACUUCUCCAACGACGACACCAAGUUGGAGUACAAUGUGGACGCAGACAACGGCAUCGCCAUGGAGGGUUAUCUUUUUAAGAGGGCCAGCAAUGCUUUCAAGACAUGGAACAGACGGUGGUUCUCCAUCCAAAACAAUCAGCUUGUUUACCAGAAGAAAUUCAAGGACAACCCGACAGUGGUGGUGGAAGACCUGAGGCUGUGCACGGUCAAACACUGCGAGGACUUGGAGCGACGCUUCUGUUUCGAGGUGGUGUCACCUACCAAGAGCUGCGUGAUGCAAGCGGACUCUGAGAAGCUGCGACAGGCGUGGAUCAAAGCGGUCCAGAACAGCAUCGCCACCGCCUUCCGCGACAAGGGAGAAGACGGCGAGAAGCUGGACAGGAAGUCUUCCACAUCAACAGGGAGCCUGGACUCCGGCGGGGAGCCCAAGGAGAGGUCCUUGAAAGGGGAGAGCGCCCUGCAGAAGGUCCUCGCCAUCCCGGGCAACGCCUGUUGCUGCGACUGCGGCCAGCCAGAUCCUCGCUGGGCCAGCAUCAAUUUGGGCAUCACGCUUUGCAUCCAAUGCUCUGGAAUUCACAGGAGUCUGGGAGUUCAUUUCUCAAAGGUCCGCUCCUUGACUUUGGAUUCAUGGGAGCCAGAACUGCUUAAGCUGAUGUGCGAACUUGGAAAUGGCGUCCUGAACCAGAUCUACGAGGCCAGACGAGAGGAGCUGGGAGCGAGGAAACCACAGCCAGGAGACCCAAGACAUGAAGUCGAGGCCUACAUAAAAGCCAAGUACGUGGACCGCAGGUUUGUGCGCCGGCCCUCUGACGAGGAGCUUCGGACCAAGGUGGUGUCCCUCAGCAAGCAGGAGAAGAGGCUGAGCAGCAGCUCUGAGCAUCUGCCCCCGCGCCCACCGCCGCCCACGCCCAAGCUACGACCUGGUUCCAACACGUCCGGACAGUCAGCUGCUGCCAGCGGCUCUGAGGCCCGCCGGGACUCCCUCUUCUGUCCUGACGAGCUUGACUCGCUCUUCUCCUACUUUGACAACUCCUCCAAGCUCAGGAGCAUCAAAAGUGCGGAUAGCGGCAUCCAGCACAGUGCUGAUGGCAGCAGGGAGAUGCUGGCCACCACUCCCUCUAACAGUAGUUUAGCAGAUGCAGAUGCCGCUGAGGCUCCGCCCAUGCCGAUGCCGUCCACGCUGCCCCCGCCGUCCCCUUGCAAGGAGGUGGUGUUCUACGAGCCCAAGGAGUACAGCUCAGGUCUGCAGCUCUACUGGGCUUCCUGCGCCCGCAGUCUUCCCGACAUGGCCGAGGCGCUGGCCCACGGCGCUGAGGUCAACUGGGUCAACACGGAAGACGACAAAAGAACGCCGCUCAUUAUGGCCGUGCGGGGGGGUUCUCUGGUCACCUGCGAGUUCCUACUCCAAAAUGCGGCGAAUGUAAACCAGCAGGAUGCUCAAGGUCGAGGACCCCUGCACCACGCCACCAUGCUGGGUCACACGGGGCAAGUGUGUUUGUUCUUGAAGAGAGGAGCCAAUCAAAAUGCUGCAGACAUUGAAGAGAAGACGCCGCUGGCCGUUGCCGUGGAAGCGGCCAAUGCUGAUAUUGUCACGCUGCUGCGACUCGCCAAGAUGAACGAGGAGAUGCGAGAGGCGGAGGGGCCCUACAGCCAGUCAGGAGAUGAAACGUACCAGGACAUCUUCCAGGACUUCACCCACAUGGCCUCCAAUGAUCCAGACAAGCUGAAUCGCUACCAACACUACGACCCUCAGAAGCCCUGACCCAGUGUUGAUGUUUCGGUGGUGUUUGAUGUCGAAGUAGGCAACGGACGACGCCUCGGUGAAGGACCCCUGAUGAUGAUGAUGAUGAUGAUGAUUGGCGAGCGUAGCCCGGGUGGAGAGCGCGAGCGGUACAGACUCUAAUCAGCCUUCAAGGCCGACUGGACCUUUUUUUAUUCAAAUGCUUUGCACAAAUCUAUUUGUCUUAAAUGUUAAAUGUUAAAUGUCCACCCGUCAGGCCAAUGUGAAACCAGUCAGUCAUCAAUUGAACGUAACAUUCUCCUAUUUCUAAAAUGGUCGAUUAUUGUCCACACAUUUGAUUUUUUACUUUUACUUCUUCUCAGAACGUUUGUCCAUUUUUAUGUUAUUUUAUUAUCAUUUUAAUGCUAAAGUCAAUUCUGGAGUUCACUGGAAAAAAUAGAAUUAGAUCCAAACUGCACAGUAAUGGCAAUUUAAUAGUAAAAAAAAAAAAACCUCUGUUGUCAUCUUUUGUAACGCUGUUGUAUGUUUUUCUUUAAAAUCUUAUUUCACUUCAAGUCGAACGGAAAGAAAAAAGAUGUACAGCACAAACAAGUUUGGGAUAUUAAUGUACUUUUGUGUGUUUGAAUAGCUGAUGGCGACAUACGCGGUACUUGAAUCAUGCUCAUGUAUAUUCUCUGUACUCAUCUCGUCCUUUUUUAUAUUGUUGUAUGUACUGUACAUGAUUAGUAUUAUCAUCAACUGAUUAUUACACACCAAAUCAUGAGUCCGUGGUCAUUCUUUGUUUUCCCACAUUUUCCUGCGUGUGAAUCACACAGAAGAAGCUGAGUUAUGCUGCCAUCUGCUGGACGGACGUGGAAGGACAAGCCAGAGUCACGCCCAUUCUAA